GCCCAACUCCUUCCUACCACUUCUCUUUCCUCUUUUGUGAGCAAGGCAAAGCUGGAGCCUUGAAACGAAUCCUCCCUUUCAUUUUUCCAGCUGCCCGUGGACCUCUCUCCACAGACCUCAUCCCGAGCCAUGUCCUGCUACGAUCGAUGUCCUCCCACGUCCUGCGGCCCCACCCCGCUGGCCAACAGCUGCAACGAGCCCUGCGUGCGGCAGUGCCAGGACUCCACCGUGGUCAUCCAGCCGUCCCCCGUGGUGGUCACCCUGCCCGGACCCAUCCUCAGCUCCUUCCCCCAGAACACCACCGUGGGAUCCUCGGCGUCUGCGGCCAUCGGGAGCGCUCUGAGCGCCGAGGGUGUUCCCAUCAACUCGGGCAGCUCCUUGGGCUUUGGGGGCUUUGGGGGCUUUGGCUACCCCGGGCUGGGCAGUGGCUACAGCCGGCCCUACCGGCGCUACAACGCCUCCCGCAGCGGCUUCUACGGGCCCUGCUAAGGAGGGAGGAGAAGACCAGGAAUGCUGAAUCCCAACCCGUCCCUGGAGCAGGACUGAGCUCACGGUGCCCAAAGCAGGGUCAGAUCCCCACAGCUCCACCUGAACGGAGUCCAUCAGGCCCUGAAAUGAGGCCACUGCUCCUGUUUUACUCCUGGGUGUUUCUGGUCCUGUUUGUAGCUCUGUUUCUCGGUGUAUUUGGUACUACCCGGUGUAAAGUUUUCAGUUUAGGAAGUAGGUGGGACGUGGUUCUCAGGGUGUGCUGGAAGAAGAGUUCUGCCUUGGGAGCACGUCCCCCUGAGCUGAGCCUUUCUCCCCACACCUACCCUCGGUGCUUUGCAGGGUUUUAAUCCUCUCAUGGGGAUUAAUAAAAUGAUGCUUUUAUCAUAA